AUUUUUAUUUUUGAAACAAAAGUAAUACUAAUAAUUAUAGGUGAACAAGAGAGGCAAUAUACUGUACUUCCAUUUCUUCUUCACAUCCAAAUACUGAUCUGAUCCAAAAUAAUCAAAGGUUGUUCCUGGGAUUCUUUAACAAGAGAGAAUUACAGAAAUGGGUCGUGGAGUCAGCUAUGGAGGAGGGCAAAGUUCACUGGGAUACUUAUUUGGAAACGGUGAGGCGCCAAAACCAACCACGGGAAAUGCCCCAGCUGUUCAAAGUGAAGGGCAGGCAAUAAAUAAGGAGCCAGCUUCAAAGCCUACCGUUUCUGCUACAGUUGAUGCUACUAAGCAGAUUCCUGCUGGUAUUCAGAGCACUGCUUCGAGAAACCAUUUUGGGGGAGAUGGUCAAAACACAGGCAACUUUAUCACGGACCGGCCAUCUACCAAAGUCCAUGCUGCUCCUGGAGGUGGAUCUUCUUUGGGUUAUCUCUUCGGUGGUGGCAGCAACUGAGCAAUUCUCCAAUCUACAGUUGGAUAAUUGUUUUAUCACUUCUUUACCUUUUGUGUUUCGACACUAUGUUGUAAUUGUAAUUGUAAUUGUGAGUACUUCAGGUUGUUGUGAAGGGUUAGUUGCAUAAGGCUUUGAUCCAAAGUCCCAGUUGACACUCAUGAAACUAAAGUUACUUUCAAUGUAAUAUGCCACCUUUGUUAAUUGAUCAUUUGAUUGAACAACUUUUCUUGCCUAUA